UGCAACUAUUUUGGCUUUUCUUCUUAGUUCAGUCACAACCAAAGAGGAUGGCUUUUCAAGUUUAAAGAGAGAGACACAUUAACAAAUUAAUAAUGAUUAAAUAAAUUCAUUUUAUUAUUUCCGUCUUAUAUUAUUUUACAUAUAUGAGAACAAAAGAGAAAGACCCUGUGUGUGUUUUUAGUUGCAAGAGGGAAAAGUGACCAUCAUUUUAUUUCAUUUCAAGAUGAUUUUGAAAGGAGAAAAAGAAAGUGAAGUCCUUUGAAGAAGAAUCAAUAUAGUAAGUUUCAAUCUGCUUGUUUUUGUGUGUUUGGCAGCUUCUUUUGUUUAUAUAAUGACUAUAUAUUGUGUGGAUCAUCUCAUCAUCACUCAGUGAGAGCGAGAAGGGGGUUUCUUGUUUCGUUUCAAAUCAUAUGAAAGAGUUAAAAAAAUGCUUACUUAUUAACACCUAACGACAACCACCUGCUACAGUCUUUUAGUGCUAAUAUUUUGUCUUGAAUCUGAUGAAGAACAACAAAAAAUAGUGACUUGGGUUUUUGUUUUUGUGGGUGGUGUUGAAUGUGAGAAAAGCAGUUGGGUUUGGAUUUGAUGCAUGGGUUAAGAAAGGGAGAGUAUGGUUUUUGAGUGUUCUUUUAUGAUCUGUGGAAUGUUAGAAAGCAAAGAGAAUAGGUUGUUUUGGGGGAAUAGUCACUUGAAAAUGUCUUGGAUUUAUCGGCAAAUGAAGCAACAAGAUGGAUUUUUGACAUACCCACCUCCAGUUCCUCCUCCAUAUUCAUCUGCAUCUUCAUAUACAACAACAACAACUAGUACUUUUCAUAAGGAAUCAUCAAAUCCUUCAUCUUCAUCUGGGACAAGAAUAAGUCCUGCUGUUCUUUUUAUUAUUGUCAUUUUGGCUGUACUAUUUUUCAUAUCUGGCCUUCUUCAUUUGCUUCUUAGAUUCCUCAUAAAGCACCCUUCUUCUUCAGCUUCUAAUCAAUCUAAUAGUAGAUAUCCUGAAAUUUCUGGUUCUGAUGCUCUUCAGAGGCAGCUACAACAGCUUUUCCAUCUUCAUGAUUCUGGUUUGGAUCAGGCUUUUAUAGAUGCACUUCCUGUUUUCUUGUACAAAGAGAUAGUUGGUCUAAAAGAGCCAUUUGAUUGUGCUGUUUGUUUAUGUGAGUUUUCUGAGAAGGAUAAGCUGAGAUUACUUCCUAUGUGUAGCCAUGCUUUCCAUAUUAAUUGUAUAGACACUUGGCUUCUUUCAAACUCAACAUGUCCUCUUUGUAGAGGAACCCUUUUCACUUCAGGCUUUUCCAUUGAGAACCCAAUUUUUGAUUUUGAUGAUUUGAGGGAAGAAGACAUGGUUCCUGGUUUUGGAGAACAUGGAUUCACUGCUAGACAAAAAACUGUGGAAAUUGAAGAAGUUGUUGUGGAUAAGGGUGCUGUACCUGUGAGACUUGGUAAAUUUAGAAGACUAAAUAGUGGUGAAGGGGCUGCGGGAGGUGAAACUAGUAGUAGCAAUUUAGAUGCAAGAAGAUGUUUCUCAAUGGGUUCUUAUCAGUAUGUGCUUGGUGAAUCAGACCUGAGGGUUCCAUUGUGCAACGAUCGGCUUGGACGCAACAUGAAGCUCGCCAGAGGUUCAGAAAACAAUGGGAAUUCUUCAGUUGAUGGGGAUGCAGAGGCAAAGAAAAUUAGUAACAUGGCUAAAGGGGAGAGUUUUUCUAUUUCCAAGAUCUGGCUUUGGCCUAAGAAGGGAAAAUUUUCAAGUCCAACAAAUGCUGAAAUGGGCAUGCCUUCAUCUCUUAAAAUGGAAUUGCCAUGGAUGGAGAGAACUCAGGAAAAAUGAAGAUAUCAAAAGAUCUGGUUAUGGAAUAUUCAAACCUAAGCAUCAACUCCUCUUUUAAGACAGGUUUUACAAUAGAAUUACGGACUAGAAUUCAUGUGGGUGACCAAGUAUUUGACAGAUGAGGCUAUGGUGUUAUUGUUAUUCCUGUUGUGCUGAUGAUUUCAUUUUGUAUUUUCCUCUAAAAAGAAGAUAUUCAUAUGAUUUAUUUUUGUUCUUCUGCUCA